AUGUCACUUCAGUCUGCUUAUAAGCAGUUUCUAUCUGCCCCAAACCCCUCUUUACUCGCAGAUGAUGCCUCUCUCCACUUCAUUACGACUCUCAUUACUGUCAAUGGAUCAUCUAACAUCGUCAAGCAUCUAAAUGGACAAGAACAUCAACUCAAGAAGAAAGAAGAGAGCUUCCUGAAUAUUGUAGAAGGCUCCAGUUCCAUUGCUGCCGAAAUUCAUACGACCGUCGAAUUCAAAACAUCAGGAGGAUCCUACCUGCCUGGACUGGAUGACAACUUUCUCGCUGAUCGUACAGUCACCUUUCCGAUAAUUCAUAUCGUCAGCUUCGAUACCCACGGCAAGAUCCAACAAAUCCGACAGAAUUGGGACCAAGGUUCGCUUCUCAAAUUGAUCGACGUCAUCGGAAGGACUGGGCGAAAUUGGCCAAUACGCGACGGAAGUGAUCAAAUAAAGCUCAUCACAUCAAGUGUUAAAAGUGCUGGUAUAUCAGACGCCGCUUCAAACGCAGACUCUCUCGCCCGGGCGAGAGGUAACUCCAACAACGCGACGCGCGAUCCACAUGCAAGCCUUUCCCUCUUCGCUCCUCGUGAAAAUGUUGUACAUGAGUCCCGUCCAGCUGCUGUAGCAGCCAGCGUAUCAGCAAAACCAAUCGAACGCGAUUAUCAAGACCUUUUUGUGAAUAACGACUCAGAUGAUUCUGCAGCCCUCGCAGAAUCCUCCAAAGGUGGUUCUAAAGCAGGCGCUACCAAGAGAUUUGCACCAUCUCGACUAUUCGAUAACGAUGAGCAAGAAUUUCCUUCCGAUAGUCCUGUCCGUGAGAAGUCGAAGGAUCCCAUGUACCGUCCCAAUCCAGCUAGAUAUGAUCAUUUUGAUAUGACAGAUGCGUCCGAGGGAGAGAAUCCCAUUCGGCCGGUAAGUGGCAAAGGUGGCAAAGGCCAACAUCAAAGCCAAUGGGGUUUCGAUGAUUUCCAAACACCGCAAAAGGUUGUUCCCACGAAAGUUCUUCGCGCGGCUGAAGUUCGUCAUUGGGGCAACAGUGAUGAUGAAGUCUUGGAUAGUCCCGUCAAGCUCAAGAAGACCGAUAAACCUCGCAAGGAUGCUCAACCACAUUUCGAGUUCCGGGAUGAAAGCACUCCACAACAAGAACGUCGCAUUGUUGGCAGACCUCGUGGACAAGGAAAUAAUAAUGGACUUGGACUGUACAAGGAUACUUUAUUUGAUAAUGGAAGUGAGACUCCAGCUUCGAAGAAGCUGGCUGUAGGUCUCCCAAAUGCUAAGGACAGACACAAGGACUUCGAUUUGCAUUUCAGCAUGGCUGAUAACUCACCAGUUACCGGACAAGCCCCUGCCCCCAUGGGAGGAGAUAGAGCCAAGGCUGUAAAGAUGAUGGAUGCCAACUGGGACACAUACGAUCAAUCACCCAUCAAAAAGAACUCUCAAAAGGAAAACGACCCUUCUUCACCAAUCCGCUCCAAUUCUACCAAAGAACCAUUGUCGGAAAUCGACACCGCUUCAAACCGUACUGACCAAAAGACCGGUAUCAAGACAAUGGGUGAUGGUAUGGGUGGUAACAAGGGUGCAGGUCGAAGCUGGGGAUUUGGAGAUGAUUCUGAUGGAGAGGAAAGCGGUGGCCUCAACGGUGCAGGAAGCAAAUUUCGUAACGGUCGCCCGGGCAAAGCACAAAAUCAGAAAUCUAUCGGUGGUGAUUUCUGGGAUUUCUAA